UCUGCCUCGAGAAUCCUUCCUCAUGCUCUCAUCAAAAUUUGAUAAUAAAUACUAAAUAAGUAAAUAGUUAUGGAAGUAUUAACACAAACACUGAAAAAUAUAGUGAUUCUUGAAGUGCCUUUUUAAAUUAUUCAAGUUAUGUAUAUAACUAGCGCUGCAGUGGAGCUAUAUGGAUAAUAAUGUGGACAUGAUUGUUAGAAAUUAUAAAAUGGGUUGAAGCAGUGAUUGUAUACAGGAACUCUUACGUUUUUGUAUUUAGUUUUGGAAAUUAUUAUUUAUUUUUGUUAAUUAUAGAGUUAUUACAUAAUGGAGUUAGACGUUUCGCCUUCAGAAGCUGUGGAUAUGGAUUGUUCCGAUAAUUCUUCCGAAAAUAGAUUCUUAUCUGGUAACAGUAAUGAACAAUAUACUCUUAUACACAUACCUCAAGAUACUGAAAAAUCUAACAAACAUUCUUCAAAAAAACAAUCAAAAAGAAGGAAAAAGAGUUCAAGCCACACUAGACCUCUGCCAAGAAUAAUAGUUAAACCUCUACCACCCCCUCCAACAGAAAAUAAAGAAUGGACCGCAGCAACAACAUGCAAUGACAUACCUUCAAGUUCAAAUAAACUUUGUACAAUGCGUGAAGUACUAGCUAGUAUACCCGGUUUCUCAUUAAAGCCUAGGAAAAGAACUGGAAAGAAAUUAUCAACAGCAGCUCAGUUACAACAAACUCGAGAAGGCUGCAUUGAUUUGGAAACCCCCGAUUCUAUACUUGUUAAUACAAAUAUUAGAGCUCUCUUGAAUAAACACACAUUUUCAUUACUGCCACCACUUUAUCAGUAUAAAUUAGGGCAAUUACUUCCUGGUGUAGAUAGGCCAAGUACAUCAGGCCGUUUAAGUUCAUCUAGUCUUAAUAAUGAAUUUUAUGCUCGUGCAUGUUUAGAAUGGCAGGAAUGUUUAUCUGGAGGAGAAUUUACUCCUGAAAACCAACAAAAAAUUAAGUCUGAAGCUGAAAAAGAAAAAAGCAAAAUUGAUCCAUGGAAGUUGAAACACUUUGAACCAUUUUGGGGUGAAAAGUCACGAAAAGAAAAACAGUCAUGUGGUGUUAGCUCAGAGCGACCAUCUCUCAAAACAACUAUAAAAUUAAGACCAACAGCCUCAAUUACAAGUAGCAGUACUGUUCCUAAAGUAAAAAAAAGUAAAUCAGGUAACAGUAAGAGAAUGAGGUCUGUCGGAGCUGUGACCAGAUCUUCUACUAAGGUAGAUGAUAAUGAUGUACAGCUUAUGUCUUGUCUUAAUAAACCAGCAGCACCAGUACCUGAUUUGCUUCCCCUUAAGAGUAUCAAAAAUCACAGUCAAGGUUAUGUAGAAUGUCCAAUGGAGUUCAAUUUUUCUGACUCCUCUAUUGCUAGACCUGAUGAUAAUGUUUCAACACCAGUUGACCCCCUUCUGUUACCAGACAGUGAAAGCUUUGACAUGGCAUCAGUUAAAUUAGACGAGAGUAACUCACCUAAAGAAUGUGAGGGUGAUAAAUAUUUAGAACCCAAUAAUAGUAACAGUCAAGAAGGUACUAAAAGAUUGAGUAUUGAUGAUGAGAAAUUUCGAUUUUCAAAACGGAUUAAGUUUGAAGAGAAUGUCUAUGACAUAGACAGUCCAACAUUUGUUUUAAAUAAUGAACUCUCAGGAAGUUGUAAUAGUUCAGAUAUUGAAUCAAAUGAAGUUAAAGAGGAAGACAUGGUUCAAAUUGAAGAAAUAUAUCCUGUACUAGAAACAGUUGACACUAUUACUGAAAACAGUAAGAUAGACUGUGGUUAUGAUUAUGAUGAACAGAGUGUCUCUUCAAUGUCUAGCUUAAAAAUAAAUGCACAUUUAGACAAUGUUCCUGUUGAAAAUAGUGUAAAUGAUAAGGUGACUCUUGAAAUUGAAGUUAAGGAAUCUAUUGGAGUAAUUGAUAAAAGUGAUAUAAUGGCUAUCCAUAGUCCAAAAGAAUGUGGCCCACAUAAAAGGCCCCAAAAAGAAGAAGAUAAAGUAGAAAUAUACUGUGAGGAAGCAGAAAAAGAUGUAUUAGAAGAUUGUCCAGGGUCACAAACAGAAAGCACAUGUGAAGAUGAACCUGAUCUAAAGAAUGUUGUUAAUGAGUUUAAUAUCAAUGAUAAUGUAAAUAUAUCAUGCCCUAAUGAUGAUAGAAUUGAUGAAACUGUUAAAAUUGAAAAAUGUAAAGAUGCACAGAGUAGCUCAAGUUUCUAUGAUGAACAUUUUAGGGAUGCUGAGUCAUUUAUAUUGGAAACUGGUGGUUUACCAAUGAUGACAACAACUAGUGAGGAGACAAAGUAUUCAUCACAGGCAAAUUUUAUGGAAUUUACAUCAUACAUGAGUGAAACAAAUGUUACUGCAGUUGUUACAAUGCCUAUGAGUCAAACCUCACUACCAAUGAUGGAAGUAACCAAUACACCUACAAUUAUGUCUUACCCUGAUGAACAAGAUCCAACAAAACCUAAAAAUUCGGCAAUGAUAUGGAAAACUGAAAGUGAUUGGGCUAAUAAUGAAAAUAUUAUAACUCUACACAACUUUCCCAAUGUGAAUACAGAAAGUGCAAAAUAUAUAAGUGAGGACUCAAAAACAAGCUUGGAAGAUGUUAAUGUAAAUGAUGAGAAUUAUAUGUAUAAAGAAGAGAGGGAUACUAAUUAUAACAUGGAGUCAUCUAACUCAUCGGAAGGCAGCCAGUCAAUGAAAGAGAUAACAUCCAAGUCUGAGAUGGGAGAAACAAUGCCUAAUUUGGUAUCAAGUACAACAAUAGUUAAUGCACCCGUUAAUUCAACAACUGUAACACAAACUGUGCGUGCACUUGGAAAGAAAUCAAAAUCUGGAAAAGAAUCUACUAGGAGCCGCAGCACACAUAAAGUGCCACCGGGUGCAGUGAACUUGGAGAGAAGCUAUCAGAUCUGCCAAGCGGUGAUACAGAACAGUCCUAACAGAGACGCUCUCCGCAACCAGCUGCGGCCUCCUCCGGCCCUGCUCAGUAAACCUCCCCGGCAGCCGCGACCGCCUCAGCCGGUCCUGGUGAGACAGAUGCCAACAAAUGUUAUGCAGCACAAUGAGAUAAAUGAAAAUCGUCCAAAUAACAUGGGUCAGUACAUCCUCGUCCAGAGAACCCCCAAUGUCGCGCCGAGAGCGUCCAGUGCUCCGCCCAUCAAUCAAAAUAGCAAUUCGAACGUCACGAGAUGCAGGAGUGUGGGUGCGGACGAGUCGUGCGUGUGUAACCUGCGGGCCAUGAUCUUGUGUAAGAAGUGUGGCGCCUUCUGUCAUGACGACUGUAUCGGCUCCGCGGAACUUUGUCUGACGUGCCUCAUCCGCUGACGGAGCCAUAGGCCAGCUUCGACUAUACCUUGCCUGCCAAAUGUAUCUACGUCAUUUAAUUGUGCCUCGAAUUUCUGCAACAAUAGGAUAUUUGACUGAGUAAAUAUCAUGUCCAAACAGAUUAUAUUUUUACAGUCUUACCACAUUCAUUUUAUGUCGGAUCUGUCUGUGACCACUUCAAAUUUAAAUGUUUAAUAUUCUAAAUCUAAAAUCCUUCUGGAAUAAAAAUGCCGCAGAUUUGAGAAGUGUAAGUAUAAUAUUUAGUGUCUAACCUUAAGUAUAAAUCAAAUCAAAAUCACUUUAAUCAUGUAGGUCACGGUAAUGACACGGUAAUUUCAAAAAAUUACUUAUGGUGUAAUGGGUGGGGGCGAUCACAUACCAUCCAGUGGGCCCCAUUCCGUCCAAUGGUGACUGACAGGAUAAUGGUUACAUAAUAUAUAUUAUAUAGAAGUAUUCCACAAAUUUUUGACGGUUAAUUUGUUUCAUUCAACUGGAUUUGCAUGUUUAAGUGACUUAAGUACUGGAAACCAAGCUGGUGACGUUAUUUGGUCGUGGAACCAGCACUCGGGGUUAUAAAUAUAUUAUAAGCAUUUGUACGACGAUAUAACUCUUGUAUGAUCAUGAUUUGGAAAUAGUCAAAUACCCUGUUAUUGUGUUAACACAAUAUAUUGACGCUACAAUAGAUAUUCCAUUUAGUGUUAAAGUGAGGCUGUAUGUGGUUACUGGUUGUAGACAUGGUGGUGCUAUCCAUUAGUUAUCAUUUGACGAUUAAGUUGUAGCUCACAGAGAUCUGAUGAUGGGCCAUACACAUACAAUAUACUAUCGUCGGAGGACACGCCCUCACAGCCCGGGAACACGUGACCAAUAUUGACUUGUGUCAAUGUGUAACUCAGCUACUGGUUUAAUAUCAACAUACUGAGAAGCUAACGCCAAGCGUAACGGACUGUUUACGACUUGUGUACCAAAAUCGGUUACAGUUACAAUAGAUUCGCUUGCCUUCUCUAUCUUGUUGUAUCUCCGUCAGAGACGUUCUUGUCUAUCACACGCUCUGUGUGUGUAUCCUGUAUACGUUAGUAUAUUGUAAGUGUAUGUUAUGAUGUAACUGCGCGUUACUUAAUACAGAUUGUUAAAUAUGUUCACUCAGUACUAUUAUUAAACACUGUUUGCAGGCGGCUCUAAACCAUCGGUGUGCCAUGAGUGAACAGCUCCUGGUUAUUUGUUUUAUACACAAGUGACAUCAUGAGCGCGACAAACCGAUCACGAUUCUAGAAAAGAUAAAAUUCCGAGCGCACUGGAGCCAUGAGUUGCUAACUCACACUACUGCUACUACUAGUGUAGAGAGACACGCCCCUGUACCCUGUACCCAUCAAGCCGCUAUCUUGUGCAAUGGCGCUUGCCACUGGUGAAAUCAAUUGAAAUUGAAACCGGGUUACUUUAAAAUUAUAAAGCUAGAAAUGCACUUUUCUCACACACUCGAAUUUACCCACACUCGUUUUCGCAUUUUUUUUAUAUAAGAGGAGGCAAACGGUGGGGAGCCAUGCAACAACAGGGGUCGAGAGAUGUGUUGCCAGAAUUUAUAUAUUAUUAUAUAUGUAUAAAUUAUUUUCUAUUCAAAAAGAAACUUGUAAGUUUCUAGUAACAAAAAAUAUAAUGAAAGGUUGCGAACUACAAAUUGUACUUUUCUGCCUUAUAAUAAAGUCUUAGUCUUUAAGUGAGUGUUACACUCAGUCGUAAUAACGUACCGCUCGCGUCUACCGAUGAUUUAUGUACCGCAAGCAACGAGCGUUUGACAUUAUUAAGUAAUAAUCUGUAUUUAGUAAUGUUGCAGAUAUAUUAUAAUAUGGUCAAGGGAAAUUAAUUACAACGGAUUAAAUUGCUGUUUAUAUUUGUUUUAUCAGCAGGUUUUGUUUGUGUUGGUCGCAGCUAAAGAGUGGGACGACAUACUUGCUGGGUAAUUACGAUAAAUAUUACUUAAGUACCUCGCAGUAGUACUUCACUUACAUUGACAGCUUACAGACUAGAAACUUGACUAUAUAAUGUACAAACAAAAAUCAUAUACAGAGAAGUAUUUUACAAAACAUAAUACACAAUUAUGUAACCCAUUUAACUAAACACAAUAUUUACUGCGUGAUUAACACGAUCAAAAGCUUUGCUGAAAUCCGUAUAAAUAUAUUAUUAAAUGUAUCACAAAUGGAGUCCGUAUGACUCGAUAAUGAGGCUAGAGUUGAGUAGGAUUUAUUUUUUAUUGAAAUAGAGUUUAAAGUCACUUAUCAAAAACUCUUACUCUAUGGAAUUUUUUGGAGGUGCUGUUACGUAAAAUCUCUAACUUGCAGUAUUUUUUGUUCGUUGUUAUACUAAGACUAACAUUAGAAUAAUAAUAUUUAAUGCCAAGGUAAUAAGUGUUUUACGUAACUUAUCUACGAUAUAAUCCGUUGAACUUGAUUUUGUGACAAUUAUUAAUAUUGUGGAUAUUAAAUGAAUGCACAAAUAUGUCUAAAGAUGACUUGGACUCAUUAUAUUUCAUAGUUACAUUUACUUUAUGUUUGUACAUAUUAUAAUUUCUGAUAAUUAUACGCACCUUACUAUAGAGAAAUAUUUAAUAUUAAUUCAGAGUUUAGAGUAGUUGCCAUUUUUGAUUACUUUAACAUCACAAUUUGGUAUCUUUAUAAUUAUGUAGUCUGUUAAUGUCAUCAUGCGAGUUAAAUUUUACGAAUUUAAGUAUUUCUUUUGUACUGAUUUUAUAGUUAUUAAUUACUUAGGAGUAUGUACAGAUAUUUAUUGACAUAAGGAUGAUGGGUAUAUUGUAGCAAUAUAAGUACCUAAGCAAAAAUGUUAUUUGUAUAGGAUUAAUACACCUGGAUCAGCA